CAUCCAAACAGGACUCCAUUGCCAAUAAAAUUAUUUUAAUUUUGCUCUCUCUGGGAGAAAUUUGGAAACCAGAGAUGUUCUCAUCACGGAUAUGGCUGCUUCUGGCCGUUACUGUGGGAGUUUGCCUAGCAGUUCCGGAUCUCGAUGAAAUCAAGAAGAACCUUCGCAAACAUGGUCCAGACUACUAUAAAAAUCAGCCGAAAAUGAACGAGAACACUGUCCGACUACUGAAAGUGGAUUACUGGUUCCGUACUGAAUCUAUGAUUUACGAUGAUAUUGAUAAUAAGGAGAAGGAUCCAUCGACCGUUAUUGCUGGAAAUUUCAGCUUUGAAACACUUCAUCAUGACGUGGAGGGUGGCAUGUUGGGACGGUUUACGCUAACCCAAUGCAACACUGACAACUGUGGUAAUCCAUCUCCAAUCUACAUAGCAUUCCGUCAAGGUGGUAAUAAUGCGGAGCAUAUCCUUAAAGCGUCCGAUGAGAGUGACGCCACCUGGAAUUUCCUGUACGCAAUUGUGAAUACAAUCUACACGCCAGCAGAGUACGGAGAAGGAGACGAGCAAACAGUCGACACAAUUUACGGAAGAUGCUUCGUGAACUUUGGAAGGCCAGAGGAUAAACGGUUUAGAAGAAUUAUCGAGAAGUGUGAUUUGGGUUACGGCACAAAUUUUACGAAAUUCGAAGGAAUCGAGAGUGUUCAAUAUGAUCAGGAUGUCUGGUACACACAGAACACAAAAGUCGAUGCAGACAUUAUUAUGGUUGAUGCUAUUGAGAUGUUAGCAUUCAAGAGUCCACUUCACGAGAAAUACGGAUUCACUCUGGAAUCCAGAACUCACGUAGAAAUCACCAACCGUACACGUGUCUUCGUCACCAGCUACUGUAAUGAUACCGUACCAUCCGCCAAAUGCGCCGAGCAGGCGUUUGGAGCAGUUCGUGUCGGAGGAAAACUUUACGAGCAUGUCAAGAUUGCGCAGGAACAGUCGAAUAAGUUAACAAAGCUUAUUGGAACAUACCGCCGUCAUCUUCAAGAUAUGGGUGACUCACACAUUUGUGAGAAACAUUCUUUGCUUUAUAGUCAAAUUGCUCAAGAAGCCCGAUUGGCUAAGCGACAGGACUGGGAAGCUGCUAUCCAAUACCCAGAGAAUGAUCAUGUUCUAUCUCUUAUCGCCAGUGCCCUCGGAGGAGUCGGUACAGCAGAAUCUAUCACCACUGCUCGUGAAGUUCUUCUUACCGCGUCCCCUGAUUAUCUUGAUGAUUUACUUUUUGGAAUUUCACAAAGCUCGUCUAACAAUGAGAAAUGGCACAAACAAUUGAUGUACUGGCUCGGGUCCCUUGAUAAAAAAUCAGAAGAAUAUUGGAAGGUGGCUAACACAAUUGCAACUGUGCUGAACAAACGAUGUGAAGCAUCGACAAGCAGCUUAAACUCUUGCAAUAAAGGAAAGGAAACGAUUGUCAACAAAUUCAUCACUGACCUGACAGCUGGUGGAGUUGAAGUCAGAGUUCUCGAGGUUCUGGAGAAUAUUCCAAUUUUCGGAUCCUACACUUUUGCUAAGAAAUUCAUAUGUGAAACUGAGUCGGAGGAUGUUCAGAAAGCCGCACUCAACGUUAUUCUGGCUGCGAGCAAGAAUUUGUAUGAAACACAACUCACCCACAAGCUCAUCAAACUCUUCCGCAACACAUGCAGCCAGGAAACUCCAACUUCUCAUUCUCAACUCGCCAUCGACAUUCUCCUCAAAUGUGUCCCUGAUCAUCAAAACGUGGCCACCUUGAUCCUGCGAACUGAGACUCUUAACCCCGAUGAUCAGGAAAAAUGGCAUUACCUGUACAAGGCUAUCGAGGCAAGCGGAAACAAGGAUGAACUGAAGGCCGAAUUUUGGUCGCGAAUGCGGAAGUUUAAGGUUUUCCGACCAAACUUCUUGCACAGAGCACUUCAGGCGGAUUCUCAUGUUCACUGGCAAGAGAUUGCAGAUGCUUCAAACUUCCAACUGUUCUCCACUGCGAACACAGAAUUCUUGCAAAAAUCCUUUAAGAGAUCCAUCUUUGAGCUAUCGAUGAAGAAGGGAAGGAAGGAGCACAAUUUAUUCUCGCUCUCCAUCGACACUGAGCACCUUGAGCAAUUUGUGACUGGAUCAGCUUCUUCAAGAUCCGGCGCUCCACAAGGGUCUGUUCGAAUUGGAGUUGCUGGUCACAAGCUACCAACUCACCACAUCUUCAAGGGAAGUACUGACCUGCUUUCCACUGUCUGGGAAGCAGAUGGAAGGACGCAUAAGGCAUUUGAAGGUCAUGUUCCUGUUAGAGACGUUCGACUAUCGGUGCCAUUGCUCUCUGGAUUGACUCUUGACGUUGAUAGCGUUGGAGCAAUUAGUAUGAGAGUUCUUGCAUCGGCGGAAGUUUCCCUUUGGAAUCAGAGAUCGAAUGCAAAGGCAGAGGCAUAUACAUCCGGAUCCUUACACCUAACGGCUUCCCUCUACCAUCACUCAGAACCAGUCCGCCACGUGGAAUCCACAAUCUCGGCGCUCUCCACCUUCACCACAGACACCCGUGCAAUUUUCGAGACUCUCCCAUAUGACUUCUGCCUAAGAACAUCUAAUAGCAAUGUUGAUAUCAAUCAGAAAACAGUUGUACAGGAUCAAAUUGGAAAGCAUAAAAAGAAGACGCUUAAUCGAAAACGAGUACAUCCUGGAGUUACAUACAGGUUGGAUGACUCGACGAUUCGGCAGUGUAAUAGUUAUUUGGAGCAGUUUAGAUUGUAGUUGUUUGUUUUUUUUAUUAACAUUUCAUGUUUGUUCUGGAAUCAAAUAAAAAAUAACUUAUUG